CCAGGUGGAAUGGACUUCUCAAAUACUUCGAACCUCAACAGCACUGUGAAAUCACAGACUGUUUUCUGCUACGAGUCUUUGAGUGGAUCGUGUGUGAGGUUUGCUCGACCCCUGAGCGUUCAGGUUCCGAUGUUCACAUCGAUGGUGUUGGCCAUACUGGUGACUGUUAUUGGGAAUCUUCUGGUCAUCACCUCCAUUGCACACUUCAAGCAGCUUCAAACCUCCGUAAACCAACUGCUCGUCUCCUUGGCUGUGUGUGACCUCCUUCUGGGAGUGUUUGUAAUGCCGUGCAGUGCUGUGCGCUCUGUCCAGGGCUGUUGGUACCUAGGAGGGUUUCUGUGUAAGCUCCACACCAGCACUGAUAUUAUGCUGAGCACAUCCUCCAUCUUCCAUCUAUCCUUCAUCUCUAUUGAUCGUUACUUUGCUGUCUGCAGGCCACUGUCAUACAGACUGAUCAUCACCAAUAACACUGUAUUGUUCAUGAUCACCACCAGUUGGCUGGUCCCUGCCAUUUUUUCUUAUGGAAUGAUCUUCCCUGAGAUCAAUCUGAAAGGCAAGGAGGAUUUCUAUGAAACACAUGUCAAGUGCAUUGGAGGCUGUCAGGUGUUCUUUAGUCCAGUGGCAGCUUUGGUAGCAUCCUCCUUCAGUUUUUACAUCCCAGGCAUGAUCUUGAUUUGUAUAUAUUCCAAGAUAUAUUGGGUUGCCAGGGCUCAGGCCAGGUCCAUUAAAGAUUUAUCUCGUCAGUUUAAAGAGGCAGACUCUGGACGUAGAGAGAGACGAGGGGCAAAUAUUCUGGCAAUAGUAGUGGGAGUGUUUCUAAUCUGCUGGAGUCCCUUUUCCUUGUGCCUCAUCAUUGACCCUUUCAUACAGUACUCCAUCCCCCCGAUGUUGGGGGACACCCUGGUUUGGUUUGGAUAUUUGAACUCUGCUUUUAACCCUAUUGUCUAUGCUUUCUUUUACACUUGGUUCAGGAGGGCUUUGAGAAUCAUCAUCAGUGGUCACAUCUUUCACAGAGGUUCUUGUAGAUUUAGAUUGUAUUCUGAGUAAA